GUCCAAGGAGCUAAUAAAGGAAGCAAUCCUUGACAAUGACUUCAUGAAGAACCUGGAAUUGUCCCAGAUCCAGGAGAUUGUGGAUUGUAUGUACCCUGUGGAGUAUGGCAAGGACAGCUGCAUCAUCAAGGAGGGAGAUGUGGGUUCCCUGGUCUACGUCAUGGAAGAUGGGAAGGUUGAAGUGACAAAAGAGGGAGUGAAGCUCUGCACCAUGGGACCUGGCAAAGUUUUUGGGGAGUUAGCCAUCCUCUACAACUGCACCCGGACAGCUACUGUCAAAACUCUCGUAAAUGUGAAACUUUGGGCUAUUGAUCGGCAAUGUUUUCAAACAAUAAUGAUGAGGACUGGCCUCAUCAAGCAUACUGAGUAUAUGGAAUUUUUGAAAAGCGUUCCCACAUUCCAGAGCCUUCCCGAGGAGAUCCUCAGCAAGCUUGCAGAUGUCCUGGAAGAGACUCACUACGAGAGCGGAGAGUACAUCAUCCGCCAAGGGGCUCGAGGGGACACCUUCUUUAUCAUCAGCAAAGGAAAGGUGAAUGUCACCAGGGAGGACUCUCCCAGUGAAGAUCCCGUCUUCCUCCGCACUCUGGGCAAGGGGGACUGGUUUGGAGAAAAAGCCCUCCAAGGGGAGGAUGUCAGGACAGCCAACGUCAUCGCAGCUGAAGCGGUCACUUGUCUGGUCAUAGACAGAGACUCCUUCAAGCACCUGAUUGGGGGCCUGGAUGACGUCUCCAACAAAGCCUAUGAGGAUGCAGAAGCAAAAGCAAAAUACGAAGCCGAAGCUGCCUUCUUUGCCAACCUGAAACUGUCUGAUUUCAACAUCAUCGACACCCUGGGAGUCGGAGGCUUCGGGAGAGUGGAGCUGUGCUCAGAUAAUGAAUUUAUUUGUGAUUUUCUGGUUGCCACCCUCAGGCUCUACAGGACGUUCAAGGACAGCAAGUACCUGUACAUGCUGAUGGAGGCCUGCCUGGGGGGAGAGCUCUGGACAAUUCUCAGGGACAGGGGUUCAUUCGAGGAUUCCACCACCAGGUUCUACACGGCGUGCGUGGUGGAAGCCUUUGCCUACUUGCAUUCCAAAGGGAUCAUUUAUAGGGACCUCAAGCCAGAGAACCUCAUCCUGGAUCACCGAGGUUAUGCCAAGCUGGUCGAUUUUGGCUUUGCAAAGAAAAUAGGAUUUGGAAAGAAAACAUGGACUUUUUGUGGCACCCCGGAGUACGUAGCCCCCGAGAUCAUCCUGAACAAAGGUCAUGACAUUUCAGCAGACUACUGGUCCCUGGGAAUCCUGAUGUAUGAGCUCCUGACUGGCAGUCCCCCUUUCUCAGGCCCAGACCCCAUGAAGACCUAUAACAUCAUAUUAAGGGGAAUAGACAUGAUUGAAUUUCCAAAGAAGAUUGCCAAAAAUGCUGCUAACUUAAUUAAAAAACUAUGCAGGGACAAUCCAUCAGAAAGAUUAGGGAACUUGAAAAAUGGAGUGAAAGAUAUCCAAAAGCACAAAUGGUUUGAAGGCUUUAACUGGGAAGGGUUACGGAAAGGGACACUGACACCUCCCAUAAUCCCAAGUGUCGCGUCUCCCACGGACACGAGCAACUUUGACAGCUUCCCAGAGGACAGUGACGAGCCACCCCCUGACGACAACUCAGGAUGGGACAUAGAUUUUUAAUGUUCUUUCUCUUACCUGCUUCUGCCUUGCUGAGGACAGCUUUUCCUGGGACGUGGCUGCCAGCGGAACGGGAAGACCGGAACGGGGGAGGAUUCGUGCUCGGGGUCACCACGAUGCCUUGAUUGAUGCUGCUCCAGUAACUCCAGUGGCAUUAGGACUUCUUGCUUAGUGACAAUAGUGCUCUCCAUGUUUUCUGUUGGAACGUGACCUGGCUUGGGCACGGUGGUCCUGGCACAGAGCCUUGCUCCGGCACAGAACUCCUCUUCUGUGGCCACAGAGAUCCUGGCCCACUCUUGAUUUGCAGAGUGACAGAUCCGUAGAGUAAGAGGCACUUAAAUUCCAGCUGCUUUUUUCCCUAGGAUCAGUAGUAACUUAUGAAGUGCUGCAGCUCCUCCAGUGCAGGAUUUGGGCUAUUCCCACCCUCUGAGCUCCACAGGGCAGCGCUGGAGCCCAGGAGGAGCACGGGCAAAGCGCUCCCGUCAAAGCAGUGGGGAAUGUGUCCUUUUCCUUCCCUAGCAGUAUUCCUGACGAGACUGAAUGUUCCCUUUCCUCCUUGUUUUGGAAACAUUUUAGCUCAGCCUGGUCAAACAAAAGCACAACUGCUGCAGAUGCUGUCGAGGCAGAGGUUGGGUCGCUUCCCUCACGUGGCAGCACCGCCUUUGGGCUUCAGUUCUCCUUUCCCUUGGUACCAACACAUGCACGGAAAGAGAAAAUCAUGGAAUGAAUCCAUUGUACAUCCACUGAUCUGUUCUACAUCUAUUGAUCCACUGUGCAUCCAUUGAUCCAUUUCACAUCCAUUGAUCCAUUUCACAGCGCUCCAAUCACGGUCCUGAACAAAGCGACAGCAGCCCACCAGUGUGAUUGGGUAUAAAAUUAAGGAUAAAUUGGAAAAAUUAAGGAUAAAUUUGAUCUUUUGGGGCUCAAAGGGAAAAACAGGAGACCUGUGAUGUCCUCUCGAGGUGCUACAUCCAUCCCUCACCUGGGUAGAAGCCUGUCCCUGACCCUUCCUGUCAGGAAUAUGUAGCAGAGGCUCCUUUCUCCCUUUUGGUGGUUCCAUGUCUGCAUCUCUUCCAUGUUUAAAGAAUCUCAUUAAAAUAGAAAUCCUGGCUCUGGUGGAACACUGCCAGUAAUCCUGAUGCCCCUCCAGGCUAAGGAGCUCCACAGGAGAGUCAAUGGAAUUCCAUGGGAUACUGGAAGAUCCCUUUGAGCUCUCCAGCAUGCCAGGUCCACAUGACUGUGUUUAACACAGGGGUGACCAAAUCCAUAUGGAAAAAAGAACUAGGGAAAACAAUAUUAUCAGGACAUGCUUUUCCCUCACUUCUAUUGCUUUUCCUUUUUCUUGAAUUGCCUCCUCUGGUUUAUAGGAUGCAGCAGAGGGAUCCUGUCCUGGGUGCCCAUUUGUUGCAUACACACAGGACCGAAAGUUUAUCCCAUUAUCCAACAGGAAACAUCAGCUUUUGGGUCUCUCUGAGAAACCUGGCCCCCAAAAAAUCACAGAGUCAUGGAAUGAUGGGAUGGUUUGGGUCGGAAGGGACCUUAAAGGUCCUCUCAUCCCAGCCCCAUGGGUGAGCAGGUGCUGCCUCCUUUCAAUCCCAGCUGCCAAGAGCUGACCGUGGAAAGAUCAAGUCUUGCUGACAAGGACUUUUCCCACACAUUACAUGGAAAAGAUCUGUUUGAGCAGUGAAAAAUUCCUUCCCUGAUGCUGAGUCCCAACUCUUUUGCAUGUUUUUCAUUAAAGGAUGUAAUCAGAAGGGUAUUUUGACAGAUUGGGCCAUGUCUGCUCUUCAGCAUGAGCUGGGCUGUGUGACACCUUUGAAACUGUGGCUCUGGAAUUCCCUGUGUUUCCCAAAGGGUGAGGCCACACCUCUGGCACAGUCACUUCUGCUGUUCUUUAACCAUUAAAACUUUGUUUGCCUUCAAAAUCCCAGGGAAAAGGCAGCGCCUGCUGGCUUUUCCACCUUUCCCCAAGGGAUGGACAGCACUGAGAGCCAAGGCUGAGCACGAGGGCUAAAACAUUCACCAGGCAUCUUAAAUAGGCCUAACAGCCAAAGGCUUCCCUCCUCACAUCCCCCUGGACUUUCCCUCCAUGGGGACAGCUUCCUCUAGGAGUGUGUCCCAGGAUGGUGGCACCCGAUGCAAUUGGCAGGCAAGGAGGGCAAAGCACCACAAGGAUUUGGGGAUCAGCCUGAAAAAGUGACAGGAGGGAGGGUCUGGAAUGGGCUGAGCAGUUGGGGUUUCCUUUUCCUGUCCCUUUUUUUCCUUGUGCCAGGCAUGGGAAUUGACACCUGCAGCGUGCACUGUGCUGAAUCUGAGUUUAUUUUGAUAUCAAACACCUCACUCGACUUCCAUGGCCUCCCUCUCCUGAGCAUUAACACUUUGCAUAUGUAUAUGAUAAGCCUUCAGUUAUGAUAAUAUAUUUAAGUUGCUUUAUAUAUAUCUCUGUAUAUCCACAACAAGGGAUUGCCUCUGUGUUUCCACCUCCUGUCCUUAUUUGUUUGUCUCCUUUCCUGAUCUAUGGGACGACAGCGUUUUUAGGGAAGGGGGAAUCGGCUCCCAUGUUUCCAGAGGGGGCUUUGAGUGGUGUUGUGGCUUCUCCUGGAGCUGCACUGCCCACAGCAAACUCUUCUUCUCCAACAACAGGACCACGAGCAGAUAUUUCUGUAAAUAGGUAUUUUCGUGUCGAUGUUUUGUGGGUCACACAGGACUUUCUGUUCUUUUCCAGUUCCAUGGCAUUAUUCCUUCAUUUCCUUAUUUGUAAUGUAAUGUUUUUAGGUCGAGGUAGACUUGAAUCAAUGUCAUAUUUGUCAGUAUGAUUAAACUUUCUGUCAGCUGUCCUGUUCACCCACCCGUCCCAUAGUUCUAGAACGUCACUGGCUAUCUGGCAUUGUUGCAAGUGCCUUAAAUCCAUGGCAUCUUAUUGAGAAAAAGAAAAAAAAGAGACAAAUUUGGUGUUAUGCUGCAUGACAAAGACAAACACACCUCAAACCGUCGUCCUUUCUUAGCUUGCUGCGUUUUACAGUUCUUUCUGCUACCGAUUUCUAAGCCUUUAUUAUCUGAUCUCGAUGAAUUCCAGAAAUGAUGACGUCGUUCUCUGAUUUCUGUUCAAUGUACCAGAGCUGUGUAUCUGUUAAUGAGAUACAGAGUCAUUUCUGUGAAAUGUAUAAAUGUGAUGUGCGGGUCAAAUUAAUCUCUGACAUCCUAGCAGUCCGUAGACAGGUAUUCCUGUUUUGCUAAGCUCUGCAGAUCCCACCCAUCCGUGCUGUCCCACACAGCCCUCCCUGGGGAAUCUCCCACAUGGGAAAAAUCCACCCUGGCAGCAUUUUCCUGACCUAGAACCCUGGUGCAAAGACGAGGCUCCUUUGCACCACUCAGCCAAACAGGAUCUGUGUUUUUCCCUGCAUCCACGGGGAUGAGCCCUGGAAGCUCCUCCACAACUCCCCAGCCCUGACACCGAGACUUGGGUGCUUUUAGGGCUUUCUCAGAAAAAGGGGAAAUUCCCAUUUGGAGUUGCCUCUCCCCCCAAGUCCCGAUUUAUGCUUGUUUUACCCCAGCCCUUUGUUUUAUACUCUGAUUUUCUCUCCUUCCAUGGCAGAGGUUUUGUUUGUCGGGCCGAUGUCGGCCAUCGGCCGCUUGCACUCUUUGGAUGUUGACUGAGGAACUUUUUGGGUUUAUUUUGUUUUGUUUUGUUUUUUUUUCAUAAACUUCCAUGGCUUUUGUUUCGCUCUGUACUCCCCCUGCAGCUGUAAUUGCCGAGUGCCUGUUGUAUACUUUAUAGAGUUGAAAUAAAAAUAAUUACUUUUGAA